AUGGAGCCCGAAGAGAACCCCAACCGUCCGCCAUCACGACUGGACUGCAUAAAGUACUUCAAUGCACUAUGGUCCUGCUACUCACCAUUCCACCAGAUGCAGAACUAUUACCGCUACGGGGUUUUUGACAACUGCUCCAGCAAGUGGCGCGAUCUCGUCGACUGUCUCACGCUCAAGACGAAGUCGAAGGCAGAGGUAGAGGAGAUGCUCAUGGCGCGGGAGAAGGCCAGGCCGCACUUCUGGACCUACCGGACUGUCGACGAGGCAUCAGCGAACUGGUGGAAGAUGUACAAGCACAGGGUGAUGAUGUCGUCGCCGCCAAAGACUGCAGAUUUAUUUCUGAGUGAUUUCAGGCUGCAGACACCUGGACUAGAACUGAUGGAGGCAACAGACCAUGCUGCCACCACUGCCCUCGAUGUAUACCCACUCAUUCGAAGUUAG